AUGCGGGGGCAGCUCUGGCUGCUGGUGCUGGUGCUCCGGGGCGCCGCCCGGGCGCUGAGCCCCGCGCCCCGGGCAGGUCAGGAUGCAGGCCACGCCUCUGGAUGGGCUGCCCAGGGCACCUCUCAGGGCUGGAAUCGGAGAGCCCGAGAGAGCCCCGGGCAGGUGUCCGAGCCGGACAGGACCCAGCUGAGCCAGGACCUGGGCGGGGGCACCCUGGCCAUUGACACCCUGCCGGACAACAGGACCAGGGUGGUGGAGGACAACCACAGCUACUAUGUGUCUCGUCUGUACGGCCCCGGGGAGCCUCGCAGCCGGGAGCUGUGGGUGGACGUGGCCGAGGCCAACCGGAGCCACGUGAAGGUCCACAGAAUCCUCUCCAACACCCACCGGCAGGCUUCGAGAGUGGUCUUGUCCUUUGAUUUCCCUUUCUACGGGCAUCCUCUGCGGCAGAUCACCAUAGCAACCGGAGGCUUCAUCUUCACGGGUGACGUGACCCAUCGGAUGCUCACGGCGACUCAGUACGUGGCCCCUCUGAUGGCCAACUUCAACCCCGGCUACUCCGACAACUCCACGGUGGCUUACUUCGACAACGGGACGGUCUUUGUCGUCCAGUGGGAUCACGUCUACCUCCAAGGCCGGGAGGACAGGGGCAGCUUCACCUUCCAGGCGGCUCUGCACCGUGACGGCCGCAUUGUGUUCGGCUACAAAGAGAUCCCCAUGUCCGUCCUGGAAAUCAGCUCCUCUCAGCACCCCGUCAAAACCGGCCUGUCCGACGCCUUCAUGACGCUCAACACGUCCCCGGACGUUCCCGAAUCCCGGCGAAGGGCCAUCUUUGAAUACCACCGUGUGGAGCUGGACCCCAGCAAGGUCACCAGCACGUCGGCCGUGGAGUUCACCCCACUGCCCACCUGCCUGCAGCACCGGAGCUGCGACGCCUGCAUGUCCUCGGACCUGACCUUCAACUGCAGCUGGUGCCACGUCCUCCAGAGGUGCUCCAGUGGCUUUGACCGCUACCGCCAGGAGUGGCUGGCCUACGGCUGCGCCCAGGAGGCAGAGGGCAGGACGUGUGAGGACUUCCAGGACGAGGACCACGGCUCCUCUUCCCCCGGCAGCUCCUUCAGCCCUUGGGAUGGCGACCACAGCACCACCUCCUCCCCCCUCUCCCCGGACAGCCUCACCACGGAAGAUGACACCAAGCUGAGUCCCCACGCGGGAGGCGAUGGCCUCCAGAACAACCUGGCCCCCAAGGCCAAGGGCCCCCCCGUGCACCUGGGCACCAUCGUGGGCAUCGUGCUGGCGGUCCUCGUGGUGGCGGCCAUGGUCCUGGCGGGGGUGUACAUCAGCGGCCACCCCACGUCCAAUGCUGCACUCUUCUUCAUCGAGCGGAGACCGCACCACUGGCCCGCCAUGAGGUUCCGCAACCACCCCAACCACUCCACCUACACGGAGGUGGAGCCCUCGGGCCUCGAGAAGGAAGGCUUCGUGGAGGCGGAGCAGUGCUGA